AGCGUUUGCAGUAGCUACUAAUACUAACAACAGUAUGCAAGAUCUCCAAACUUUCGUUGAUCGUCUAAGAAGUUUUAAGGUUUCGCAAACACUGCUUGCUUCAAAUUCUACGCCUUGAACCUAUUCCGUGUAAACCUUGGACAACAUUGGGACUUGUUUCACCGAAAAGACAUGGCUCCCCAUACGGGCAAGGCGACGAGAAACAAGCGUUACCUGGAUGAGAACGUGGAAAAUAUGAGAGAAGAAAGUGAAAGGGUGCUUCGCGCAUCACGUGUCACAGCUAGCCCACCGCCCAAGAGAAGAAGAGGGAACCUUCCGAAAGAUUCCGUCAAUGUUUUGCGGAUGUGGCUAUGGGAGCACAGAUUUAAUGCAUACCCUUCGGAGGCAGAGAAACAGUACCUAUCAAAAGCUGCCAACUUGUCAGUGCUUCAAGUUUGCAACUGGUUCAUCAACGCGCGUAGGCGAAUACUGCCGGAGAUGAUUCGACGUGAAGGACGCGACCCUAGCAAUUAUACCAUCACGCGAAGAGCGAAUGUCAAAAAUUCGUCGCCUAACAGCUUGUAUCAACGAAAUUUAUCGCCUAGUCCCGAGCCACUCUUCGAAAAAGACUUUACUAGGCACGAUCAGGAGUCUUAUAUCUGCGAGUAUCGAGGACAGUUCGAAUACGUGGGGUGUAGUAGUCCUUCAUCGCAAGGACAACCGGAGGACUGCGACAGUGAAAUGCCGGCAAAUGAACAUCACACUGCACAAACUCUGGAUGCUUUCAGUAGUAUCAAUUUAUUAGUGGAGGUCGCGUUAAACAUGGACGAAUUUCGUAAACAGGGUAAAAAUUGCUUUCAAAAGGUAGCUUCUUUGUCAUGCUAACUUUGAGGCAAUUUGAAAUUUAUAUCGCAUGUAGACUUUGUGUUGUGGCAUUGUACCUGGGAAUCCUUUGUACAUUGUAAUGAAUAAUAGAUCGUUGGCUGGGAGCGACCUGACUUGUUGCGUUACCUGCGAUCGAAUAAUAGUUUCACUUGCAAGACGCGUUUGGUCCGCUCUCGGUUUUGCCAUUCGAGCCAUUCGAACGCCUCGCGCGCGCGAUCAUUAGGAGUCGAUCCGUGUUUUGCGCGCGUCGGUUGUCUGCAGAUUAGAACACAAGUAUCGCGAAAUUUAACAAGUCAGAGAUUAUGUAGAUGCGUUCAUUGUUUUGCCAAACGCUGUGUAAAUAGAAUUCUGAACUGACGUUAUGACAGACGGAGUGUGUCAAAUCGGCGAACUCCCCGCCGGAGACUUGAAAGAGAACAACCCGCUUCUGAAAUUAAUUUGUCAUUUGUUUCCAAUUUUCUGUUGCGGCUCAGUCAAGCCGGCUUUGACGCAUACUCUGAAAUUAAAACUCGAAUUCUUCACCUAA